ACUUUUUAGUAUCUCCUUUGUUUCAUUUUCAUGUAUGUGGUGUCACAAUAAUGAGUAUUUUUGGUUCAAGAAAAUGGCCAACUUAUAUUAAUUACAUCAACGAUAUAGAAGUUACGAUUUUAAAAAAAUACAGAAGUAUAAAUUUAAGAAGAAAAAUUGAUUUGGUUAUUAUUUUUUCAACUCUAUGUGUCACAGUUGAGCAUUCUUUAGCAAUAUCAAACUUUGUAAUGUCUCGCGAUUGCACCAAUGAAGCAACAGGAUUUGAACAUUAUAUAAGAAAACAAUUUCAUUAUUUCUAUUAUGUUUUUGACUAUAAUAUCGUUAACGGAAUAUGGUUAUUGGUAUUAAGCUGGUUGUCGAUAUUUAUCUGGAACUUUAGUGAUAUUGUACUUAUAUGCAUAAGCAUAAUCUAUACCAACAGAUUUAACCAAAUAAAUGAGAGAAUUCAAACUUUCGUAAAAUCACGUAAGAAACGCAAAACUGUUUUGCCCAGUAGAUGUGAUGAAACAAAGAAGACUAUAAACAAAUUUUGGAAAGAUGUCAGGGACGACUACACCAAAAUAUGUGCUAUGUGCUUUAAGUCUAGCUCAUUUUUUAACGACAUAAUACUCUUCACAUAUGCCUGCAAUUUGCUAUUUAUAUUAAUCCAAUUAUUUGUUAGUUUAAGGAGGAGGGAACAAGUCAUCGAACUGUUAUACUUUUUCGGAUCAUUCGUAUUCGUCGUUACAAGAACUGUAAUGGUAUCUAUAUAUGGCGGAUGGCUGUAUGAAUCAGGAAGAGCUGCUUUACCUAUGUUAAAUGCUGUUCCUUGUGACUUAUACAACGAAGAGGUCGCCAUGUUCAUCAAUCAGAUCUACACCAACAGUCCAUCACUGUCAGGCCGUAAUUUAUUUUUUAUCACAAAAGGAUUAGUUCUUAGUAUUGCUGCUUCAAUUAUUACAUAUGAGCUCGUCCUAAUCCAGUUUAAUCAAGAAACGUUUGAGAGAUACCUGAACCCCCCAAAUGAUUCUUAUAUAUGUUACUAAAUAUAAUAGUAUUUGUAGUAAUUUAGUUUAUACUAUACUAUAACAAUAAAGUUGUUUUACAUGA